CAAGAUUUAUGGGAGAUCAUUGACAAAAGGUUAUAAAAGGAGCCAGGAGGUGGAGAACGAAGAUUCCAUAUCCAACUCAAAAGUAGUCUGUACAAGCCACUUGAAAAACUGAUGGAAAGGCUAAUGCAACUACUUCAAAGCAAACUUGGGAGAUUCUUCAAAACUCUUAUCAAUGAGUUGGAAGUGAAGAAGGUUCACCUUCAAACUUUGCGAGAUGGGUUUAAAGCCUUUCUUAUGAAAGAAAUAAUCUUAUAAUGAGUUGGAAGUGAAGAAAGUUCGUCGAUGGCUGCUUUGUUGUUGAGCUUCUUAGAGAGGUGUGGCGGCGUGAAUCCGAACACCAAAUACCUUUCAUUCAAAGGUGGAUGCUGCCCAUUUUCCGUCGAGAUCUGAUAAUGCUUGAAAACCAGUUCCCAUUCUUUGUUCUGUCGGAAUUGUUUGAAAUCACAAGUAAAAAUGCUACGCCGCCGCCGCCGCCGCAGCGGCCAUGUUUGCAAAAGCUUGCGCUUCACUUCUUUAAUCCUCUGCUGCAAAGAGAUUUUGACACAACACCGCCGAAGAUCGUAGCAACCGGUGAAGGAACUGGAGCAAGGCACUUUCUCGACCUUUUCCGGUCGACCAUUCUUCCGGUGACGCCGGCGAGACGGAAACAGCCCAACAUGAUCCGUUCAACAACGCAGCUGAAAGAAGCCGGUGUCAAAAUACAGAGAGCAAAACAUUCGCAGUUGCUCGAUGUAACGUACGAGGAAGGGGUGCUGAAGAUCCCUCCUCUGUACAUCGACGAUUACAAGGGUACUCUGUUUCGAAACAUGAUGGCAUUCGAAAAAUGCCACCGCCAUUGCCACCCAGAUGUCACAACCUACAUGUUCUUCUUUGAUGGACUCAUCAACUCAGCAAAGGACGUGGGCCUUCUCCAUUACAACGAAGUUCUUCAACAUUCAUUGGGAAGUAACAGAGAGGUUGCUAAACAUGUGAGCACCAUUUGCAGGGAAAUUGAUCGGGUUGCAGACGAGUCGUACUUGUACAUGGUGGCGGAUGAUGCCAAUUCUUGCUUUGCUUCCGUUUAUGCAAAGAUUCGAGAAGGAUUGGUGCACCACUAUUUCAGCAGCUGGCGUGGGAUUCUCAACGAUGGGUGCAAUAUUUGCUCUGUAUCUCACCCUAGUUCAGACUGCAUCUGGGAUUGCCGGUGUCCUGCAACCCUUCUGAAAAGUUGA